GGGGUUUUCACUGGCGGGGCUCCGCUAACACUACUCGGGUUUGGGUGUCUGCGCCUUUGGCCGAGCUGUGCCUGGGCGAGGAGGCCGUUGUUCGCUCGCCGGCCGGCGCGGUUACCGGGACUUGGCGCUGGGACUGACCACCUCGACCCCACUCCAGACUUCUCCGCCUCCGAGGUGCCUCGGAACGGCUGCGGCCGCCGGGACUCGGCCCGGGGCAACUAGGGGCCCUUCCUCGCUCGGGGCUCGGAUGGGAGGCGUUGGGAGGAGCGGCCUGGGAUGUUCAGUCUGAUGGCCAAUUGCUGCAGCUGGUUCAAGCGGUGGCGGGAGCCCGUCAGAAAGGUGACUCUUGUGAUGGUGGGACUUGAUAAUGCUGGUAAAACGGCAACGGCAAAGGGAAUCCAAGGAGAGUAUCCUGAAGAUGUAGCUCCUACUGUUGGAUUUUCCAAAAUUGACCUCAGACAAGGCAAAUUUGAAGUCACCAUCUUUGACUUGGGAGGUGGAAAAAGAAUUCGGGGUAUCUGGAAGAAUUACUAUGCUGAGUCCUAUGGGGUAAUAUUUGUUGUGGAUUCCAGUGAUGAAGAGAGAAUGGAAGAGACAAAAGAGACAAUGUCAGAAGUGCUAAGACAUCCUAGGAUAUCGGGAAAGCCUAUACUGGUGUUGGCAAAUAAACAAGACAAGGAAGGGGCUUUAGGAGAAGCUGAUGUGAUUGAAUGCCUGUCUCUGGAAAAAUUGGUCAAUGAGCACAAGUGCCUAUGUCAAAUAGAACCUUGUUCAGCAGUCUUGGGCUAUGGAAAGAAAAUUGACAAGUCCAUUAAAAAAGGCCUUUACUGGCUCCUACAUAUCAUUGCAAGAGACUUUGAUGCUUUAAAUGAACGCAUCCAAAGAGACACAACAGAACAGCGUGCUCUUGAAGAACAAGAGAAACGAGAGAGGGCUGAACGAGUGCGAAAAUUACGAGAAGAAAGAGAACAAAGAGAACGAGAGCAGGCGGAACUCAAUGGAACCAGCAGCCUGGCUGAGUUGGACUCCGAACCAAUUAUUGUUAAUCCUUUCCAGCCAAUCGCAUCUGUCAUCCUUGAGAAUGAAAGAAAACUUGAAAAAGACAAAAAGAGACACAGUAUGGAGAAAGACAGUGAUGGCUGCCCCCCGAAACAUAAAACGGAGAAUGAGCAAAUAGAGACACAGAGCCAGAUCAGUGACAAUAGCCAAAAAAACAAUGAGCUUGGAAUAGUUGAAAAUUAUAAAGAGGCAUUAACACAGCAGUUGGAGAAUGAAGAUGAUACAGACCAGCGAUCAUCAGAAUCAGAUAACAGCAAAAAGAAAACUAAGAAACUAAGAAUAAAAAGGAGUCACCGUGUAGAACCUGUUAAUACAGAUGACUCUGCUCCUAAGAGUCCAACACCACCCCCGCCUCCUCCUCCUGUUGGCUGGGGAACCCCCAAAGUCACUAGACUUCCAAAACUUGAGCCUCUUGGUGAAACACGUCAUAAUGAUUUCUAUGGGAAGCCACUGCCUCCCCUGUCUGCGCGACAGAGGCCUAACAGUGAUGCUCAUGAUGUGGUUUCAUAACCGAGUCAUGUGAUGAGCUUUUUAAAGAUCUGCAAGAUCAACUACAAGACCUUCCUUCUCAAAGAAGAAAAACCCUAAGCAUUGAUGACUGGGGCAAGAUAACCAUAGUGAUUUCAGCGAGAUAAUAGCCAAAGACCUGGCUGAUAUGACAAUUAUCCAUGUUAUUCAUGGUUUAAAAAAAAGGAAGGAAAAUGACCAAUAGAUGGGAUGAGCAUUUGAAUCAAGUUAGCAGGAGUUACUGUUGACUCUGGUUUUUACAGUCCUGCUCAUGGGCAUAUUCCUGAAGGAAAACCUCUUCAGAAAAAGAGCCAAUGGACUCUGCACACUUUCUUUACUAUAUGUUUAAUAGUCUUUAUUAUUGUAUCCUAAACAUUUUUUGUAAGAUACAUGUGCAUGGAAGGGGAACUCUUGGGAAUUUAUAACCUAAGUUUUUAACUUUUUAUAUUUUUCUAAAACUUAUAAGAAUUUUAAUUAUUAUGAUAUUGACUGUGCACUUUUCUAUAGAUGCUUUGUUUAAAUUGUGUCUGGAAAUGGAGUUGAUUUACUUGACAAACAUGAACUACACAAACAGGACAUAUUUAUAUGGUUUAAGGUAUAUUUCAUAAUAGUAUUGUUCUUGAAGUGUACAUUCUAAUUUUACCUAAUUUUAAAAUAAUGCCUUUUAAAAAUAGAUUCUUAGAUCUUUACUCUACCAAAUUAUAUUAUUUGAAAACACUACCCAAGGAGAGUUCAAUUUUUUUGCCAUUUGCUUUUUUUUUGUUUUUUUGGUUUUUUUUUUGGUGAUUAUCACAAUAAAUCAAGGAGACUUGAAAUACUUUUUUGACCUAUAUGCUUUUUAAAUGAAUAAAAAUGUUAUGUGAGAUAUUAUUAAAAUUCCUAAUGAACACCUCUUUUAUAAGAUAGACCUUUUCAGACCAGGAUGCUCCUUGUCCCCCCCUCAUUCUAUCAGAAGCUUCAAUCACUCUUUUAGGUUAUUCUAAUUGUUUUGUGCCUUGGAACUAAAGGCAGAAAGACUGAAAAAGCCACUGUAAGUACAGAGACUUGUGUUUUAUAACCAGGAAAUGCUUGGGAACUAAUCAAUAAGAAUAAAAAUGUUGGCUUAAAAUUACUAAAUAAUUCCAAAAUAAUUUCUCAAUUUAAAAUAAUAGCACUUUUCUUGCAGUUAAAAAUGGCAUCUGUAGAAUUCUCUACUUGUCUGGCAUUUAGACAAGCUUUUAGAAAUAUACUUUGAGUAAUAGAUUCAUAAUGUUGCAUUUAAUUGAAAGUGUACGUUUAUAUCAAGGUGAAAAUGCAAUAUGAAAAUACAAUAUGAAUCCUUAUCACCUUGUUAAAAUUGGUAAGUUGGGUAGCUUGUACUGACAACAGACAUAUACUAGUAUCUAACAAUAAUAAGAGUAAGUAGGUCUAAGGCAGUUUAAUAUGGUUAUUUACUUUAAAAGUUUAACUUUGGAGCAUCAUAUUUUAGUCAUAUUUUAUAACAACCUAAAUUUGAUAAAUGGCUGAAAUGUAAGGAAAAGCAACACAAGAAGGCAGAAUGUAAAUUUUGAAUUGGAUUUUAGAGAAAAACUUGUUUGUACAUCUUUUUGGCUCCUUUUUGUAACAUUUACAUUUAGUCAUUUUUAAAAAAAAAACUGAACUUUUACUUUUGCCAUCUUAUAAAUUUUCAUCUAGUUUGAGAAUAAAUAAAGGUUAAAUUUUUUUGUUUCCUACCAGUGAUUACUGUAGUGUACAGUAAUUACUGAGUUCAUUUAUUAGAAAUGAAUAAAAAUGAUUUUGAAAUUAAAUAUAUGAUAAAGUGAAAUAAAUGUUUUAUAUCUCUCUCUCAAAAAAGUAAUUUGUAUUCUUAAAGCAUUCUAAAAAUAUUUUAAAAGAAGUUUUGUAAAUCCAUGUUGCUUUUAACAAGUAAAUGCCUAUUUUGUUAUAUGCUGUAUUUUUAUUCAUAAUCAUCAUGAAUUAUGACAUUUUCACACAAUAAAAAUAAUUUAUAUCAGUA